GAAAUCGAUAACAGCUCUGGCAUAUACACACAAAAAUCGUUUUUCUGCUGAGCAGUUGAGAACGUAGCAGUUUGCUUGAGUUAAUGGGGAAAAGAACAAAAACUACAAUUUAAGCCUUAUUUUUGUGUCGCACAAGCAGUUCACAGGUCGCGGUCGCCGUCGUCGUCGCUGUCUCCGUCGCUCCUCGAAGCUGCCGCUGAGUCAAAUAACGCGUUAAAAUACAAAAGCAAAACAAACCAAAACACGGACACGAGAAUCGCUCGCGUACGUACGUAACGCAGACAAGCUUCCCGAAGAUAUUCAUAUAACGCAAGAACCGUGGACGACGCCGUAGCCGAACCCGCCGCCGUGAUGCCCGGAGCCGGCACGUUCAAGUUGUUCAUCGGUAAUCUCGAUGAGAAGACGCAGGCAACCGAAUUGCGUGCGCUAUUCGAAAAAUACGGUACUGUCGUCGAAUGCGAUGUGGUGAAGAACUAUGGGUUCGUUCAUAUGGAAACCGAACAACAGGGUCGCGAUGCCAUACAGAACUUGAACGGUUACGUUUUGAACGAUAAUGCCAUCAAGGUGGAGGCCGCCAAAAGCCGACGCGCCCCAAAUACGCCGACAACAAAAAUCUUCGUUGGGAAUUUAACCGACAAAACGCGAGCGCCGGAGGUGCGCGAACUGUUUCAGAAAUACGGCACCGUCGUCGAGUGCGACAUUGUGCGAAACUAUGGUUUCGUCCAUUUGGAUUGUGUCGGUGAUGUGCAGGAUGCUAUCAAGGAAUUGAACGGUCGCGUUGUCGAUGGCCAGCCGCUCAAGGUGCAGGUCUCCACCAGUCGUGUGCGCCCCAAGCCGGGCAUGGGCGAUCCGGAGCAGUGUUAUCGUUGCGGCCGUUCCGGUCAUUGGUCGAAAGAAUGUCCGCGCUGGACAGGCACCGGUGGACGCGAGCCACCACCACCUCUAAGCGCCGGUGGCUACAGAGAUCGCAUGUACAGUCGUGAUCCGUAUCCGCCACCACCGCCGCCAUUCCUGCGUGAUCGCAUUAUGGACGGCUUUAGGGAUUACGAUUACUAUGAUCGACGUUUCGAGGAUUCACGCGAUCUGUACGAGCGUCGCUAUCAAUCAUCACGAAUGCGUGAUUUCCCACCGCCGCCAAUUUCGCGUCGUGAGCCGAUGCCGUUGCCCCCACAGCUGAGCGGCAGUCUGCGCUCCUGCAGCGUUUCACGUGGCUAUGAUACCAUGUUCAGUCGGCGUUCACCACCGCCGCCACGCAGCAGCAAUGGCAUGAGUCGUUACGGCUCACCGACACCGCAUGGCUAUGAGGACUUCAGUCGUGACUCUUUCGAUGAGCGCAUGAUUUCGUCGCGCGGCAUGCGCGGCCCAUCGCCUCCAGGACGUCGUUAUGCGCCCUACUGAGAUGAGUUUUAUUAUAACGGCAGCAGCUGAGUGACAGCGGCUGCUUUGGGUGGUGCAUUUGCGGCAACUGCACCACAGUUUCUACCCAUUUACAACUAUAACGCUUCCCGCGGUCAACCAUGUUGGCUUCUUUAUUGGCCGCCAGCGCACCAUCCUCAACAUCAGCAACUGCAGCAGUUGCCGUUUUUACGUAUGUGGCUGCCACCGCUUUGGUAGACAGUAAAAAGGAGAUCAACAAAAAAAAAAAACAUAAUCAUAGAGUCCAUUCUAGGCAUCCCUAUCAUACUAUUCAUAAAUAAUCUAGUAUUUCUGACUGAUAGUGAUUGUAACAAUGUAACGAGUGUGUGGCAUUGUGACAAAGAUUGCGUCGCAUAUUAUCGUUCGUUGCAUAUCACUAUUUCAUCAAAGAAGUUAAUUUUUAAACGAAGAAAAUGUAAUAGACAUUUUUAUUGGAUUUGAGCGUUUAUAUUCCAAUAAAAUUUAAUAAGCAUCAAUA